AUGAGAACUGCUUUUCAAAAAAGCCUCCAGCCGGUUCGGUACAAGGUUUCAACCAGCUCAACGUCUGCGUUGGCAUACAAAACCUUGCACAGAACCCAGAAAAGACCGCCUUUGCCCACUUUCGACACGCCCAACUGGUCCGCGGAUGCCGCCGUUUCGUCGAUUUUGUACGAGACUCCAGUUCCAUCCAAGGCGCCACGGAAGCAGCACGUGUUGAAUUGCUUGGUGCAGAACGAGCCUGGUGUCUUAUCGUCGAUUUCCGGCCACUUAGCCGCCAGAGGCUUCAACAUUGACUCUCUUGUGGUUUGCAACACCGAAGUCAAGGAUUUGUCGCGGAUGACGAUUGUUUUGGGCGGCCGUGACGCUGUUGUCGAGCAGGCGCGUCGCCAAAUUGAGGACUUGGUGCCCGUGUAUGCUGUGUUGGACUACACGAACGCCGAGAUCGUCAAGCGUGAGUUGUUGUUGGCUCGUAUUUCCUUGUUGGGCCCUGAGUACUUCCAGGAGUUGAUUGCCGCCCACAACUUGCACAGUGGUGACAGCCCCGUACCAGACUUGACUGCCACCGAAAGUGCUUUCCACCCAAGCAACUUGGCGCCCUCUGAGGCCUUGAGACAGAAGCACCUGCACUUGCAGCACAUUUCUGCUAUCACCGAGCGUUUUGGCGGCAAGGUGGUGGACAUUUCCGACCGCAAUGUCAUUGUGGAGUUGUCGGCAAAGCCUUCGCGGAUCACCUCGUUUAUUCUGUUGUUGCAACCAUUUGGUAUUUUGGAAAUUGCCCGUUCCGGUAUGAUGGCCUUGCCUAGAACCCCCUUGGACCACGGUGUGUCUGAAGAGGAGAUUGCUGAAACAGAGGAGCUCGUGGACAACUCUCACUUGCCUCCAGGUUAG